CCGAUUUGUCGUGAAAUCCAUGCGCACGUCUUGGUCACGCGCGCGCGCGUUGUGAAUGUGCCAGACUCCGAAUCCGUCGGGAGGUUGGCCCACACGAAGCUUGCAGUUUCUCUGGACAAAGUUAUGCCCUGGUCCCCCUUCCAUACGCUUGGCAAACGUGGAAUCAUUCAAAGGAACAUCUGCGCCGGUUUGAAAUUAUUCAGGCUUUGGUUUAAAUAGACUGGAUAUAUUGUGAGGAGCUCACAGAUCCUUCAGAUAUUUUGGACACGUUCCCGUUAGUGAGAUUCCUCCGGCAGGCAAGGCUGCGUUGGCUGGGUCAUGUUGCCCGCAUGCCCAGCCACCGCAUGCCCACGCAGCUUCUGUUUGGCUGGAUAGAGGGGGGAUAAACGGGCUUGAGACUAACUAGAGAAUAGAUGGAGUGAUGUGGUACAGGAGGAUGUGGAGCUGAUGGGACUUGCCGACGACUGGUACCGGCGGUGUCAAGAUCGGCCUCUUUGGGGGAGGUUGGUGAAGGACGUUGCUACUGGGCAGUUGGAGGCAGUCGCCCUCCAGCAACAACGGAGGGCGGAGGAGCGACGCUCACAACAACGAGCGGAGCGCCGGGUGGCUAAAACACAGCAAGUUGCCACAGUAGGAAACACAGGGUGCGUGACCUGAUGCGUGCCCAGGUGAUCAAGGAGGCCGACCGGCCAUUGUGGUAUGACAUCUACGCUGCCUUCCCACCAAAGCGCGAGCCCAAGUACCAGGGCACGUGGACGCCACUGCUGCCCACGCGCUCGCAGCGCAAAGUCGCGCACCGUGAACAGCUGCGCCCCGAGCCGGACCCCGUGCGCGCCAUCGUUUACGCCGAGGACACCGUUCGCGCGCGAUUUUUCCAGACAUACACUGCGGGCCGGUACGACCUCACCAGACCCAACUUUGUGUCGCUCUCACAGAGGUUUGUGCAGCGCUAUGAGGAGCUUCAGGCAUCUGGGGAUCACCCUGAAGAGAAUCUAUUUGAGGAAACUGGGAAAGCAUUGUUGGCGGAUGGCAUUGUCCUGCGGCGAAAAGGCAGCAAGCUUGAAACAGAGGCAGAAGCCGCCACCCCUGUGGGAGCAUCAGACCAGCCUUCUGAACCCGCAGCAUCUUAACCACGAAACAACACGUGCACCAGCAACUGAAUACUGUGACAUUCAUUGAACCAGCUUAGAGAGCUCACUGGUCGUGUAUAUCUAUUCUGGAGAGAUAUAUUCCAAAUAAUUCACACCAAAAUAGUUUAAUCUCUUUAAAUGAGCUAAAGGAACCAUCACCCACACUGCUCGUCAUGACCUUUAUCGCUAGCGGGUACAUCCCCCCCCCCCCCCCACCCUAUGGACUCCCAAAAGUAUUUUACCUGGUUCUAGAUUUGAAAUUUUCGUUACUGCAAGGAUUCAUACUUAUUGUUUUUUUCGGUAAAGUCACGUAGGUAAAAAUUAAAAGAAAUGAAAUUAAAUCAAGAUGUUUCGGAAGCAACAUAUGCCACCGUGAUCAGGUGUUGACUGCUCCAGCAAAAUUGCUGUGAUUUAAUUUAUUUUUAUUUUUUACCAACAUGACUUUACCGAAAAAAACAAAGUGUUUACCUGGGUCAAACAAAAAUAUGAUAGGACCAGGGUUGCAGUCAGUUUCCUCUAACUCGAAAGGGUCACACUGUAUAGCACAGUUUACGAAUCACUGCACCACUGCUGCCAUUAUAACAAUUCCAAAAGUGAAUGUUGGAGAUGGACCUUAACGAUGGAUCAAAUUUCCAUCAUGUGGCCAAAUCACAAUGUUCUCAAGGCAUUGUGGAUUUUUUUGUCCAUUUGGCAAUGCUGCCCUCUAUUGAGAGGCAAAUCAGAAACCAGUGAAGGGUGCAUGGCUGGAUUUUGAUCAGCUCAGUUUAUUUUGAGUUGAGGCUGAUUGACCUAAGAAGCGAUUUUCAUUGGCUACCUGACCAUAACGUCUGAUACGAUAUCAAACACGUGAUAUGGGAAGGUAGGGUUUCGAGAGGUUGCAUAGAAAAUCAUGGACAUUUUAUGAACAUGGAUAAUUACCUGAAUUGUGCGCAAUCGAAAGCUUGUGCAUCUGAUCCAGCUGUAAAUAUAUUGUGAUCACCCUGGUCAUACACAAGAUAUUUGAUGAAGCAUAAUUUACACUUCAUUGGCUUGGUAAUACCACAGUCGCUUGGGUAUUUCACAGAUUAUAUUAGUUUUUUUACUGCAAGAAAACAUCUGUUUAAUAAAUAACUAUUUAUGAUCCCUAAUCUUGCCUUUUUUCAGUUUUCACAAAGUACACAAUGUACAUUAAGCAAGUUAAAGCAAAUUGAUGUCACCAGCACGAGAGAGUUAUACCCGUGAAUUUCCGAAUGCUAUCCAAUUACAGCAGGGGACACCUUAUCGGAGCUGUGUAGGACACUGAAUUGUGGAUAUGGACAUCGAGGUUAUGAGAUGUUUCACAUCUUCAACUCUUAAGAUUUUUUUUUUCUCCCGAGUUUGGCAGCUCCUGUUUCCGACAGUGACUUCCCUUGCAUUAUUGCUUUUAAUAAAAAAAAAUGACAUCGCCUGA